AUGCAGCCGCCCCAGCCGCCAGUAAGCCGCCCGUGCGCCGCCCGCGAGCCGCCUCAGCCGCCCGUGAGCCACCCGCGAGCCGCCCCAGCCGCCCGUGCUGUCGCCCGCAAGACGCCCGCGCCGCUCGAGCCGCCCGCGCCGCCCGAGCCGCCCGAGCCGCCCGAGCCGCCCGAGCCGCCCGAGCCGCCCGAGCAGCCUGAGGUGUCGGCCUCCUCUGCUAUAAUGGCCACCCCCAGUGUCCUGUCUUUUGACGCUGAGGGUCGCGCCGUUGACUUUGCAGUCUGGGUCGAGGACCUGCAGCUGUACUUACUGUGCGAUGCGAUCAAUGAGGUUUCUCUCUUUGACUUUGUCUCUGGCGCUGUCCCUGCCCCUCCUGCUGAUGCUGACCCCUCUGUUCGCUCCAAGUGGGCCACGCGCGAUGCUGCUGCACGUCUUGCUGUGCGUCGCCACCUCCCUUCCUCCGAGCGUGCACACUUUAGUCAGUGCAAGACCGCUCAGGCCUUGUACGACGCUGUAGUUGCGCGCUACUCCUCCCCUUCCUCCGCUACGCUGAGCCGCCUCAUGCUACCGUUCCUCUUCCCUGACCUCGCUGCCUUUCCCACAGUCGCUGACCUCUUUACCCACCUCCGCGCUAGUGACACUCGCUACCGCGCUGCGCUUCCUGCUGAGUUCCGCGCCGCAAACCCUCCUCCCAUGUACAUCACUCUCUACUUUCUAGUCACCCGUCUCCCUGAGUCCCUUCGUGCCGUUAGGGACCAGUUUCUCUCUGUCGGUCCCACCACCCUCACUGUCGACCUCCUUGAGAAGUCCCUGCUAGCGGCUGAGAAGAGUAUCGUCGCUGUAGGGGCCUCUCGUGGUGACCCUCGCACCCCCAUCUUUGAGGGGUGUUCUCCUUCCCCCCUACUUCCCUCUGUCGCCUCUGCUGCUGCGGCCGACCUCGUUGGUUUGGAGUCGGUCGGUGCAGCGUCUGCCCCCAGCGGUAGGCGCCGCCCUGGCAGGGGCAAGGGGGGCAAGGGAGCGGGUGGAGCUAGCGGGGGCGGUGGCGGAGGCGGUGGAGGCGGCGGGGGGAGUGGGGGUGGCAGUGGAGGUGGUGGCGGGAGUGGAGGUACUAGUGGCGGCGGUGGAGGCGGGGGUGGUGGUGGUGGUGGCGGUGGGAGCGGCGGGGGCGAGGGUGGCGGUGGCGGCGGUGGCGGCGGAGGCGGAGGUGGCGGUGGUGGAUGUGGUCGGAGUGGCUCGUCCCAGCGGAGCACCACUGGAGGUAGUCAGCGCCAGCAGCAGCAACAGCAGCAGCAGCGCUCUCGCGACGUCCCCACCCCUCAGCAGCUCCGUGAGUGGUACUCCCAGCGUCAGCGUGGUGGGGCGUUCGGUCCCUGCACCUACGUCCUUCGCACCGGCGACCGUACGGGUGAGCAGUGUGGGGGCACCCACACCGCUCGCCGCUGCUUUGCCCGCUUGACCGACGCUUGGCGCCAGCAGUUUCCGGAGGCCUCUGAAAUCCCCCGCUGGGGAGAGCUGUCUAGGGCUGGUGUAGCUAUCUUUGAUCUUGACUUUGAUGCUAUUCUUGCUGCCAUGUAUGCUGUGUCUGGUAGUGAUGAGGGUGACUGUUACCGGUGUUUCCCGCCCGAUCCGGGCAUUGAGUCUGCUGCUCUAGGUACUGGUGCGGCUGCUGCCCUAGGUGCUUGCGACGCUGCUGCUCUUGGUGCUAGUGUGUCUGCGUCCUCAGGUACUGGUGAGUCUGCGCUCUCAGGUACUACGUCGGCUUCGGCCUCCCUCACCUUCACCCUUGACUCUGGGGCGUCUCGCUCCUUCUUUCGGGACCGCACCACUCUCACGCCGCUUAGUCGGCCGGUUGCGGUGUCCCUGGCUGACCCCUCUGGGGGUCCUGUCCUGUCUCGUUUCUCCAGAGUCCUCCCGUGUCCGGCGGCUCCCUCUGGCACCCUGACUGGUCUCUACCUCCCCUCGUUCUCUACGAACCUGGUGAGUGGUGCUGACCUACAGGAUGGGGGUGUCCACCAGUUCACUCCUGCUCGUCAGCGGGUGACACACUGCACAGAGGCUAGCACAGGUCGCCACCUAGCUACGUUUACACGUCAGCCAGGGUCGAGCCUGUACACACUGACCACUGCUUCUCCUCCCGGUGCUGAGUCUGGUAGAGUCCCUUCGUCUGGUCAGGUGUUUGCUGCAGCGUCCAGGUCUGGUCCUGAGUCUGCCCCCUGUUCGUGUCGCCGUCUGUCUCACGAGACUCUCCUCUGGCACCACCUCCUUGGCAACCCCUCUCUGCUUCGGCUCAGAGGCAUGGCCUCCCGUCUUCUUGUGUCUGGUCUCCCCCGGUCCCUCCCUCCCCUUCCUCAGGGCCCUGGCCCUACCUGUGUCCCCUGCGUCGAGGGGCGCCAGCGUGCUGCCCCUCACUCCUCCCAGUUUCCUCCGACAGAGGCUCCGUUGCAGACUCUUCACAUGGACGUGUGGGGCCCUGCCCGCGUCCGUGGACUCGGUCACGAGUGCUACUUCCUGUUGGUGGUUGACGACUACUCGCGUUACACCACAGACUUCCCCUUGCGCAGCAAGGGUGAUGUCACUGAGGUGCUGAUCGACUGGAUCCGCGCAGCUCGUCUCCAGCUCAGGCAGAGCUUUGGCUCGGACUUUCCUGUGUUGCGUCUGCACUCGGACAGAGGCGGAGAGUUCUCCUCUGGCCUUCUGCGUGCCUUCUCUCGUGCGCGAGGCAUCCGCCAGACCUUCACGCUUCCGGACUCACCGCAGCAAAAUGGGAUUGCAGAGCGCCGCAUUGGCAUGGUCAUGGACGUCGCUCGUACGUCUAUGAUGCAUGCGGCUGCCCCCCAUUUUCUGUGGCCGUUUGCGGUCAGGUACGCGGCGCAUCAGAUCAACCUCCACCCCAGGGUCUCCAGGCCGGAGACCUCCCCAGCCCUUCUGUGGACGGGGAAGGUUGGCGAUGCGUCGGCGUUCCGGGUCUGGGGAUCUCGGGCGUUUGUCCGCGACUUGUCUGCGGACAAGCUGUCCCCUCGCGCUGCUCCCUACGUCUUCCUGGGGUUCCCCCCUGACGCCCCUAGGUGGCAGUUCUACCACCCCACCUCUCGACGUGUUCUGUCCUCCCAGGACGUCACGUUCGACGAGUCGGUGCCCUACUACCGCCUCUUCCCCUACCGCACUCCGUCCCUCCCCCCGCCCCCGCUCUUCUUGGUACCAGGUCCCCCCCCGGUAGACCCCCUCCCCCCUCAGGGUCCUGCCCCUUCAGGUGUGUCCCAGGUAGACGCGGUCGAGCCUGUCGAGGUCACUGCCUUGGGGUGCUGA